GCAGCCAGCUUGGGACGCUGCUAUGGACUUGGGGUCAGCUGGAGAUCCCACGGGGAGUCAAGGCAAUGCUUCUCUGCCAGUUCACUUCAUUCAGCAACCGGUUCCCCAAGAGCCAGAGGUGACAAUUCUCCAGCAGAUACCCUGGACUCCAUUUUCUCUUCCUCAGCCCAACAGAAGAGGCCAAAUCAGGGAAGAUUUGAUGGAGCUCAUGAUGAUUCAAAAUGCCCAAAUGCACCAGGUGAUAAUGAAUAACUUAGCCAUGUCAGCACUUGCGCAUUUUGGAAUCAGCUCAGGCCAAUCUGAUGCCCAGAUCACCCAUCUUCCCUGGCAGGUAGAAGAUGAUGAAAAUGAUGACCCAGAAGCCCUAGUUUUCCAUCACCAUUAUGCUCACUAUCCCAACCCUGUGCCCUUCACAGCAUGGCCGUCCCCGCUUCAGUCAUCAGCUUGGCAGCAGCCGUCCAUUCGCCAUGUGGGACUAGAUCCUCAGCCUGCAUCAAGACAGGAUGAUGGCCCCGUGGUGCCUCCACCCCCACCACCAAGCGCGACUGGAACUGUGACAGCUGAUGUCCUACCUGCAUCAGAGUACUACGACUUCACCCAGGGACGGUUUUGACAGCAGCUUCUUUGGCCCCUUUAUCAGGAAGUGGCGCAUCUUUUUGAUCCAGCUGGGGUCCUGACCAAGCAGAUUCAGAACUGGCAUUUGCAUGGACUGGCAAGUUGCUACCUUCACUGGAUCAAGUUCUUCAGGAGCCGGCUGCCUCUGGGUGUCUCUGUGUGUGUCGUUCUGCCAGAGAGUGUUAGGAGCAUAAAUGAUCUACAUUACA